CCCCUUCCUCGCAUCUACUCAGAAGCUCUUCAAUUCCGUCAUUUUCUUUCAACUUCAACAGCAAAAGUCAAAUAACUGAGCCUUUCUUUCUUCCCCCAUUUCAUUCCUGUUUAUAUAAAAUCAAUCUCUGGUAUCUCCCCUUCAACAACUGAAUUAUUCCCUUAACUAAUCCCAUUCGAAAAAUCUAAGCAGCUCCCGCAUUACAAAGACAGCUCAGAGGUGAAGAAGGGAGGAGCAGAACAACAAGAAGAAGAAACAUGGCAGGUUACCCGCACAGCAACGGCGGUGGAGGUCAGUACCCAGAAUUUCCGGCGGUUCCCACUCACGGCGGUCAGUUUGUUCAGUACGACGUAUUUGGGAAUCAGUUCGAGAUCACCCCCAAGUAUCGCCCUCCGAUCAUGCCCAUCGGCCGCGGCGCCUACGGCAUCGUCUGCUCGGUGUUGAAUUCGGAGACGAACGAGAUGGUGGCGAUGAAGAAGAUAGCUAAUGCUUUUGACAAUCACAUGGACGCCAAGCGCACCCUCCGCGAGAUUAAGCUGAUGCGCCACUUGGAUCACGAAAACGUCGGUGAUCUCAUCUCGAUUCCGUUUCUGAUUCAGUUGAGGAGGGAGUUUAAUGAUGUCUACAUAGCAACUGAGCUCAUGGACACCGAUUUGCACCAGAUCAUACGAUCCAAUCAGGGUUUGUCCGAGGAGCAUUGUCAGUAUUUCCUGUAUCAGUUACUCCGGGGAUUGAAGUACAUACACUCUGCCAAUGUGAUCCACAGAGAUCUGAAACCCAGCAAUCUUCUCCUGAAUGCAAAUUGUGACCUGAAGAUCUGUGAUUUCGGCCUGGCACGCCCUACUUCGGAGAACGAGUUCAUGACUGAGUAUGUUGUUACGAGAUGGUACAGGGCGCCUGAGCUGCUGCUAAACAGUCAGGAUUACACUGCAGCAAUUGAUGUCUGGUCAGUGGGCUGCAUUUUCAUGGAGCUUAUGAACAGAAAGCCCUUGUUUCCUGGCAAAGAUCACGUCCAUCAGAUGCGAUUGUUGACAGAGCUACUGGGCACACCAAGUGAAUCUGAGCUGGGGUUUGUGAGGAAUGAAGAUGCUAGGAAAUAUAUCCGGCAGCUCAGCCCACAUCCUCGACAGCCAUUGGCCAAACUUUUCCCUCAUGUUCAUCCUUUGGCCAUGGAUCUUGUGGACAAAAUGCUGACAUUUGAUCCUACAAGAAGAAUUACUGUUGAGGAAGCAUUAGCACACCCAUAUCUUGAACGAUUGCACGAUAUAGCAGAUGAACCGGUCUGUACGGAGUCUUUCUCCUUCGAUUUCGAGCAACAACCUUUGGUAGAAGAACAGAUGAAGGAGAUGAUUUACAUGGAGGCAUUAGAAUUUAAUCCAGAAUAUGCAUAGAAGUGCAAAGAAGAGUUAUGUUAGUUCUGCUUGAUAGCCUAUAUCAUUUCUGUUAUUUCUUCUUCCAUUGGAAAUUGCUCCUGCAAAUCCUCAUUUGCACUGAGAAAAGAGAAGAGCAGAGCAACCACAUUAAACCGAGCAAAAUUACAACUGGUGGUGGUGAAAGAACCAACCCCAAAUGCUGCACUCUCUUCAUGCUGCAACUACCUGGUCAGGAGAUUACACCUUGUAAGAUCUACCCUGAUGGUCCUCUCUGCCAUCACUGUAAAACCUGUACCAAAUGUAAUAUUGUAAUUCUUCUUUGGGAACCUUACACGUUAUGUAACUGAAUAAAUUUCAAGUUAGUUAAUAGUUAUGAGGUUAUUUGAGUUUAUCUUUUUCAGCAUGCUAACAAAAUAUCUAUUCGGAGC